AUGCGCCGUUCCCAACCAACACAAAACCAAGUCGACGCCGGCAGUACUACUCCGAUUCUUAAUAUAACUCCCUCGCACUCAAGUGACGCUUUUGCCGCCUUUUGUGAUCUUGAUGACCGGCAAACAACCGAGGAUGAUAGGUCGUUUUUGAACGCCCAGGAAGACCUUGAUAUUACACGAUUUCCGUCAUCGCCGGAAAAAGUGAAAUAUACACAACGAAAUAGCACCACGCCCACAACAAACUCUGGCCAAAGCUCGAAUGGUAUUCUUGAAACUCCACCAAAAGAUGAAUUUGAGUGGGAUGAGCAAAAUGUGAUACAGAAUCCCUCCCCAGAGGCCAAUGCAAUAGCCGAAGAUGGGGAAGAGGAACAAGUUGCGGACGGAAUGGCAUCUUUAACCGUAAAUGAGAAAGAAGCCGGAUAUUUGGGUGUUGCUUCAGGUGCCGCAGUUCUCCGUAUUCUCGGAUCGAAUGUGAAAUUUCGAACUUCGCGAACAGAAUCAGCUACCAGUUCACAUUAUGCGCCGUUGGUGAUUCAGCCAGAUGCGAAUCGACAUGUUGCGGACGCCAUGAUUGACUCUUAUUUUCGAGUAUACCAUGUCAGUUACCCGAUAAUUCACGAGCCUACAUUUCGCGCACAGUAUUCCGAGGUUAUUCCUCAGCCUCAUGGUGCGUCCUGGCAUAUCCUUGUCUAUAUUGUUGCCACAAUCGGGGUAUAUACUUCAUCUUCUAAUCUUAAUGAUCUUGACCUUGCCCUAUUCUCCCAUGCUAAAUCAAUGCUUUCCUUUGAUUAUCUUGAGGUCGGCAACAUUACACUUGUGCAGGCUCUUACAUUAAUCUCCAAUUAUCAACAAAAGCGCGACAAGCCCAACUCGGGUUACAACUAUCUUGGCCUUGCUGUACGAAUGGCUACUGGUCUUGGUCUACACAAAGAAUUUCCGGGGUGGAACAUUUCACCUCUGAAAAUGGAGAUUCGUCGUCGGAUUUGGUGGGCUUUGUGUGUCUUUGACGUAGGCGCAACCAUUACCUUUAGUCGGCCGAUGGUGUGGCCGUAUGAAGGCGUCGAAGUGGCUUUCCCUCUUAAUGUUACUGAUAGGGAUCUGACGGCCAACUCCAAGACUUACCCUCCGGAGAGAAACGAAGUGACUCCAUAUACAGCAGUCAGCACACAGGCUCACUUCCAUGUCUCCACAAACGAUAUAUACUCCCGUGUCAUAUCGAAGCCUUUCCCAACCGCUGAGGAACUUCUCAACUUGGAUACUCAGUUACUUCAACCAUGGGUAGCCGGCCUCCCUACCUAUUUCAAAGACGACAGCGUUGUUGACCCCAGAUUUGCUCUCCCACACGCGGUUAUGCAAUGGCGGUAUCGAAAUUUUCGGAUUAUUAUGUACCGUCCCACUGUUAUACGCAUGGCGCUUAAUGCGCGAAAUGGACGGGACGAAUCUUCCCCUGCAAAUAUCCAGGCUUAUCAUCGAUGCCUCGAUGACGCAGAAUUUACGAUCAGAUCAAUAAACGAAUAUUGGUCGAGAAAUGAGCACAAUAGAUUGGCUUCUUGGUACGCCCUAGCAGCUGGACGUAUCUACAUCGCUGACCUCGUGGGCUUCAAUAGGUAUUUCCUCUUCCAAGCCUCCCUCAUUCCCUGCACAUGCCUUCGAAACUGUCCUUCUGCUCUGGAGGCUACAGCCUGGUGUGAACAAGUGUCAAUGACAUUAGAAACAAUCCGCGCAAUGGCCACCACAAAUACGAGCUCUGGCCGAUGUUAUCGCAUCAUCAUCGAUCUUUGCGGCCAGUACCUGACGAACGCAAAACAAUUUGAAGAGCCAAUAGAUCAUUCGCUACAGGCUCAGGCUCUACCAGCCAAUAUAAAUGAAGACUUUCCUGCUGCUAUGGACGAUGUUCACCCCACAGGACAUCCUCUAGAACAGCCCGAGCCUAUUGACGAAAGCCCGCAGACACAGAUCAGUCAUCUCUUCCCAAUGAUGUGGCCGAAUGUGACAGCGCUGGAAGCCGCUGACGAAGUGAUUGGUGACGAUGCGUGGCUGGAAUUCCUUAGAGCUGGAUCUGGGGAAGAAUAUUCGGUAUGA